AUGUCCGAGCAGACUUACCACGCUACCCGCCAGGAUCUCCGCAAGGCUGAGUCCCGCGUUGCCAACCUGCAUGGUGGACAAAACCCGGCCGACUCUAACCUCUCCCACAUGAAGUCAAUCAUCGACCAGAACAGCAACAAGCCUGAGCAAAUUGAGCGCGUCAAGGCCAACCUACCUUUGCCCGAGCAGCCCCCAACUGCCAGUGACUGGUCGUCCUCCGAUCAGCGCACUGUCAACGUCGGCUCUGGUGGCAUUGAGGGUCCUAUCUCUAGCGAAAUGGACAGUGGUCUCCGGGGCCCGGCGACGGCCAGCAGCAGCGUUCGCGUGUCGGGAUCCGAGCUGCACCAGAACACUGCCCCCAGCAAGGGUAUUGGAAGACAAGCUGUUGAGGGUUUGGACGACCUUCCCUCAGAUGCUAAGGCACGGUAA